AUGGACUAUGGAACUGGGGGCUUUGCUGUAUUUGAGUGUUUGCUGCCCUGUUCUUCCUUUUCAGGCGAUCUCCAUGCAGGCUCCAGCCCGAUCCAGGAGGAGGAGGAGCUCUCAUCUGAUGCGGCAUCAUCUGAUUCCUUUACAUCAUGGAAGGCAGCAUUUGUCCUAGAGAGCCAAGAGCAGCAAUUGGCCUCUGAGCAGAAAGAGAAACAGUUCCUGAAGGAAGUGAGGAAGGCAGAGCAACCUCCAGUUGUGGGGCUCCUGGUAGCUGAACUCCAAGCCCUGUUCUCAGCAGUGCUGCAGGAUGGAAGCCCUGCAGCUUGGCACUACCUGCAUGCAGUGCUGGGUUUGCUGCCUCCAUAUCGGUCACUGCUCUCUUACUGCCUUGAUUUGUUGCCUUUUCUGGAGCAGAUAUACCGCUGGGCACCUUGGAUCCAAUGCCAACUCCAGCUGGAUCUGCUAGAUGCCAUAGACCAAGCCUUUGCCCCAGACACAUCUUUGUUAACAAAUGCCUCCCAUAUUGAUUGCCAUCCACAGAAGCAGAGGUUCCAACGAGGGCACCUGUACUCUGCCUGCCCUUUUGUGAUGGCACAAAAGGAUGAGAAACAGGAGAAGGAGAAUUUGGCUACAUGGCUGCGGCCACUGACACUGCCUGAGCUCCAGCACUGCCUGGGCAUUGUUGGUGCUGAAGUGGCCCAAGAAGAGAACCAGUGGCUGGAUGGCCUUAACCUCCUCCCCUUGGCACUGGCUACAGAUAUCCCUGUACAGUAUGAAAGCAGAGGUGCUGACUACACAGAGGAAGAAGCUAUCAGAAGAGAGAAUAGGUCUCAGAUUGACCAGGAAGUUUAUGAGAAGAUCUCCCAAAAGAAAAGUAUUAGCUUCUUGCCAAAGACUUCUCUCCUGGGUGGCCGUGUGAUGAACAUUUUACGGACAGAGAAAUACCUGAAGAAGAUCCAGUUCCUCUACCUAAAUGUGGCUCCCAGCCGGUACUUUAGACCUUACAACCUGGUGGUUGUGCCACCAAACAAGGUGAAUCCAGAGCACUACAUCUUCUCUCCUUUCGGGAUUCUGCAUAUCCAUCCUGAGGAUGGCAGUGACGCUAUGACCCUGGGUACCUGGCACCGUCACUGUACUCUCUGGCAACAGCUUCAGUUUAUUCCAUUUUUUAAGAACUUCCUCAUAGGCAAGGCACUGACCUGGUGGAAGAAGAGUGUCAAGUCCUUAGGGUUGCAUCAGCGCCAGAUUCUCUUAGAGAGUCAGUUACUCUUUGCUGUGCCCCACUUUGGAGCAGCUCUGCUGCAUAUUAACAGACUUCUGCAGGAGCUGCGCUUGGUGACCUGGCUUCCCCAGGAGCCAGACGAGAGCUACGAACUGCUGGAGCUGCAGCAGGCUCUGGCCAAGGAAAACCACAAGGCUCUACGUCUGUUCCACCGCUGCCUGCACCUCUGCACAGCCAUUCUUCAGUUGGUUCAUGAGGACACAUAUCACAUGCAACAAGGCCUGCAGACGCGAGUGCAGGCUUGCAAUACAUUCAGGAGAGACCAGAGGUCCAUAUACCUCCAGAGGGCACAGCGCCAGGAGCUGGAGCAGAGGCUGAAGCAGGCAGAAGCCUGGUUGCUGCAGCUGGGACAAGUUGCCCGCCUCGUAGACUACAUGAUCUGCGAGACCCUCAUGUCCAUCGUGGAGGAGGAGAUAACCUCUUUUGUGACCAACAUCCUACAAGCUCCAAGGCAGAAACCUUUUCUCACAGCACAGCUGAUCUUUGAUGAUUUGGGUCAACUAACUCACAAACCUUCUGUUGAAAAGAUAGCCCAGACUCUAACUGGGGGCCUACAGUUCAUCAAGGCCUCUGUCCUGCAGGUGAUAAAAUCUACAGACCUCCAGAUUUCCUGGGACUCCCUGUAUUCUCCAGCAGAAAAUGAAGAGGAUGACUUGAAUGUGAAAAUCUUGACCUCCAAGUUCCAGAGCCAGCCCAGCGAUGCUGUACACAUCUUCUGUGGCCAGGAUGUUGGAUUGGUGUGGCCCUGGAAGUCUCUUCCAAAUACUGGAACCUUAGAGGUUCGUGGGCACCGCCUGCGGGGCCAGUACUCACCCCCCAACUACCAGCAGCUGCAGGAGGACCUUGACGUUAACCCUCAAAUCCAGCAGUCAAUGAGUAUCCUGCAGGUCCUAAUGGAGGAUAUGCUAAAGGAGGUGCAGGAAUUCUGCGGAAAAUGUCACUGGAUAACGGGCAUUUUUGAGUUCGUGCAAGCCUGGGGGCCUCAGCAGCUGGAAGCCAUGAGAGGCUCCUCCAUCAAGGAGUAUGCGGCCUUGGUGAGCAACCUGAAUGCAUGGAAGGACCUUGUCUCUACCAUGCCAACCGAGUUGAUUACAAAAGGCAAGCUGCUGCUGCUGAGCUGCCUUGAAGUGCAGACGGAGAUGGAGUCCAAACUGGACAACGUUAGGAAGGACAUUCUCACACAGGUGCAGGAUGAGUGCAGGAGCCGGACUCAGCAACUAAUGACAGAGCUCACAGAUUUCAUGCAGAUCUUCCAAACCAUCAACUCUGACAUUCAUGCCAUAGCACGGUGCUCCCAGAAGUUGAAUAAGGCAAAUGAACAGUACACUGAGCUGGAGGCUCGAAUGGAGUACAUACGAUCACUUCAUGAACUCGUCCGCCACCACUUUAAACUCUUUGAUCCUGAAAAUGAAGCGCUGGACAUCUUGGUGAGCGGGCAAUGUAAGGUGUCACCCACACCACCCAGUUUCUCUCCUCAACCACAUCUACUUUAUUGUUCUCUUCUUGACUCAAAGCUGCUGGAUGCAUGGGAGGCUUUUCAGUUUGAGAAGAGCCAGGCCUCGCAGUUCCUGCUCAGCAAGCGACAUGCCAUUGUGCCCAAGCUGCAGCAGCUGAUGGCAGCAGCACUGGUGACACUGGAAGGCCUGAUUAAGAAAGCUCUGUCUGGUCCCUACAUGGACCCAGCACAAGAGCAGAGGAGCAUCGAGCGCCAGCUCAUCUCCAUGGAGCGUCAGUUCCAGAACUCAGCCAAUCACCUCACUGAACUACACUAUGCCUAUGCUGUCUUCACGGGGGAGGAGAGUCCUUUGCAUUUGCCGGCCUGUGGGACUCGUCCCAUUGUACAGCAGCAGCGCAUCUGGCACCUGUACCGAGUCAUCUCUGAAAACAUCAGCGAGUGGAAAUGCAUGGCCUUCGCCAAGUUCAACCUGGCCAUGGCCCAGGAAAAGACCAACGGCUGGCUGACAGAAGCCGCCCGGAUGAGAACAGCCCUGGGACUACACAGCCCCGUGCUGUACCGCUGCAUGCGCAUGCUGGAGGACUUCCGCAGCUACCUGCCACUGCUCACUAAAUUGAGCCACCUCCACGUGCAGAACAUUCACGACCAAGCCCUCCUACAAGCUUUAGGGCUGGAAAGUCUCAAUAAUUUGGACUUGGUAACACUGGGCCAGCUGCUCACUUGUCCGCUCCUGGAGUUUGCAGACCGAGUCAACCAGAUCUGGCUAUGUGAAAAUGAACGGAUCCACGCCCAAGACAUCCUACAUCAGCUACAGCAGUCCUGGGAAGGGCGCAAACUGCGCCUGCUCAAUUUUAUCCUGCAUGUACCCUACGAGCCACCAGCCUCAGAGCACUCCAAAAAGCACACGGUUCGCAGCUCCCAGUGGGACAUAGUAAGCAAAGACAGUAGCACCUUCAUCCUCUCAGACUAUAGCAGCCUGCAGGAUUCCAUCCAGGAGAGUCUUCAAAUGUUUUUCAAGAUCCUGGCCACCCAGAAGUCAGGAGACUUACAAAAAACAGCCCUGGAGUGGGUGACUAUCAUGCAUAGCUUGAGUGCCCUGCUGGAGGUGUGGGCGACUUUCCAGCAGAAGUGGAUUUUUCUGAAUAAAGUUCUCUAUGAGAUGAAGAUCCAGUUUCCUAGUUCCGACCUGGAUUCUCGUUUCAAGGCCAUGGAUGACCAGUAUCGAGCCCUGAUGAAGAUCUCUGUAGCUGAUCCACUGGUCCUGUCACUCAUAGUGCCCAGUGCUCUGCGGAGUCCUAACUUCCAGGGCCAGCAACUGCAACAGCUGCUCCAAACAGGCUCUGUGGAGUUGGACAGCAUCAUAAUGGCUCUGGACAAUGUCCUCUACAGGGUGCGUGCAAACUUCCCCCGCUUCUUCUUCCUUAGUGACAGUGAGCUGGUGGCCCUGAUGGCUGCCUCAUUGGAAACAUGUGAAGCCCAGAGAUGGGUCCACCAUUGCUUUCCUCAUGUGCAUGCUGUGAGCUUCAAGCCCAACACAACUGACGAAGAGAAAAACACUAGUGGCCAGGUAGAAGCACUUACAGUGCUCGGGGCCGGUGGGGAGGAAGUGAAGUUGCUGGCACCCCUUCCUCUGCAACCAGAUCUCCCUACAUGGCUGGCCUCCCUAGAGAAGUCUCUGCGGGUGGCCAUUGUGCACAUGCUGCAAGACUGUGUGAUGACCCGCCUUAUUUGGGGCCCAUCCGUCGAUGAGGCUUUCAAGCAGCUACCCCAACACAGUCAGUUCUCCCUGCACCAGUAUAUCUGUCAUUGGCUGGAGUUAGCCCAUACCUUCCCCUGGCAGUGUGUGCUGGUAGCUGAGGAGGUGGUGUGGCGGGCUGAGAUGGAGGAGGCGCUGCUUGAGGGGAACAUACAGUCCAUGCUCUCCAUGCAAAUGCGCAAGCUUGACGUGCUGGUACAAUUUAUGCGGGCCCAGACAGCCUUUCAGGGUGAGCAGUCCCUGCCCUCUCUCCGCCAGGCCAGACUGCUUGGUGCCAUCUUGGUCAUGAUAACGUCCCAUCGGGACAUAGUACAGUUGCUGCGGCAGCAUGAGGUCAGUGAUCUGAGAGACUUCCACUGGGCCCGCCAACUCAAGUACCACCUGGGUUCAUCUCAAGUGACUAAAAACCCCCUGCAGAGUCUCAGGGAUAUUGCUACAUCUACUGGGCCCUCUCUGCCACCAGCUGCCUGCUGGCUAGAGGUGUUGGGCCGGUCCUUCCUGUACAAUUAUGAGUAUCUAGGACCCAGGCAAGAGUCUCUACCAAUCCUGCUCCCGGAGCGGCCAACCCUAGUGCUGUUAUUGGCCCUCGAAGAGGUGGCUUGUGGAACCCUACUGGGUCCCGAUGGUGUGGGCAAGACAACGAUGGUGAUUAGCCUGGCACGGGCUCUGGGCCGUCAGCUAGUGCUACUGCCCUGCUUGCCUCAGCUAGAGGCCCGGUGCCUGAGCAACUACCUGAAUGGUGCCCUGCAGUGCGGUGCCUGGCUGAUGUUGAAGGCAAUUCAGAGUCUGCCCUCUGGUUUACUGUCUGCCCUGGGCCAUCGCCUGGCUGAACUACACCACCUCUAUGUCCCACUAUACCAGAAGGCUUUCCAAAGCCCUGGCACUGUCAACCCCACCCAUCCCCUGCAACUUGGCACCGGUGUCUUUGAAAACCAUCAUGUGUCCGUGCGCCUUGGCUAUGGUUUUCUUCUGAGUCUGCGUGUCCUGAGUCCUUCUGUGCCUGCCAACCUACGCCUGCUGCUGCGGCCUGUGGCACUGACACUGCCCAGCCUGUACCAUUUGGCAGAAAUAACCCUGAUGAGUGCAGGAAUCCGGGAUGCCUCUCACAUGGCUACUCGCCUGUCCAGAUUCUUCUCACUAGAACAUGAGCUGGUGUCUGGGCUCCUGCCCUGCCGCCUGCCAUUGCUCAAGCAGGUCCUGGAGGAAACAAUUAAGAGACUGUAUGUGACCAGGGAGGAACCCAAGUCCCCGAAUCCCCGGAGCCUAGCUGCCACUGGAGAGCAUGCCCUGCUGCAAGCUCUUCUGGACUCCCAGCCGUUCAGUGUCCUUAAUGAGCACUACGUGCACAAGCUCCAUGAGCUGCUCCGUGGGCUCUUCCCUCAUGCCCACCAAGUGCUGGAAGAGCCUCGGGCCCCCCAACCGACGAGGCCCCUGAUGGUGGAGGAACUGCAGCAGGUAGGACUGUAUCCCAACUCUGACAUUUUGAAGUCUGUGGAGCAGCUGGACCAGGCCCUAAGCCAGGCCCCAGGCAUUCUGCUCCUGGGCCCUGCAGGCAGUGGCAAGACCACUUGUUGGAAAUGCUUAUUUAAGACCCAGAACCGGCUGGCAGCCAUGGAGUAUACCUCAACCCACAGCUACAAGCCUGUGGAGGUCACCCACCUAUACCCUAGUGUUCUCAGCCCUCAGGAGUUGCUGGGAUGGCUAGAAGGCUCCUCUUGGAACCAUGGUAUCUUACCCAGGCUUCUUCGUGCAAGCAUCCAGUGUAAGUACAUGCCAGAAUCUGUGGGGAUUCAGCACUGGGUUGUAUGUGAUGGGGCACCCAGUGCUGCGUGGCUGGACUCCAUCACAUAUCUCCUUAGUAAUUCCUCCAGUCUGAGCCUCCCCAAUGGCCAGCAGAUACGACGUCCCCCAGGAACCUUUCUCUUGAUGGAGAUGGCAGAUGCCACAGGUGUCUCCCCCACAGUGGUAGGCCGCUGUGUCCUGGUCUGGUGUGGUGGGCAGCAGACUUGGCAGUGCAUGCUUAACGUUCUCAUGGCAGCCCUCCCCAACAAGUACCACCUACAGAACCAGACAGUCACCGAGCUCAGACACCUUGCAGAAGGUCUGGUACCUGCCACCCUUCAAUUCCUCACCUGCCAACGUGCCAGCUCUGUGCUGCAGGUACAUGGGCAGCAGGCUGUCUGCCCAGGUGUCGCUGAAAUGACCAGCCUGGCUCGCAUCUUGCACGGUCUACUUGACUCCUACCUGCACGUACAUAAGAAAGAGAAAAGACACUACUCAGAAGUCUACAGCAGUAGUGAACCAGUGAACCAGAGCUUCAAGUCCUCAAAAAGCAGCUCUCUGAACAAAGGGUCCCAGACCAACACAGAGGAGGUGCACAAUAACCCCAGGGAGCACCUCCUGGCUGUCAGCAGCUUUCUUUUUGCUGUGAUCUGGAGUUUUGGAGCCUUCCUUCCCUUCAGGCUCUGGCCCCUCUUUGACACCUUCAUGAGGGCUUCUAUAAAUCGCCUCUCCAAUUACCCUGAGCUACCACCAUCAGUCUUGCUGUUUGAUCUACAUGUGUGCCCUGAAGAUGGAACACUGGUCCCUUUCACUGGCCAGUACUUGGGCAGCUGCAUCAAAGGAAACCUGGGCACCUUCAACCCUUCCCCUCAGAUUGAACGACUCUUCUAUGUGGUAGACCUGCUUCUAUCAAGGGGACAGCCAGUGCUGCUGGCUGGAGAGGCAGCAUCAGGGAAGUCAGCCUUCGUGGAGGUCCUCGUGCAGCCAAAACACCCCUACACAUGCGUCCCCAUCCACCCCGCCUUCGGUUCCACCCACCUUCGCCUCCUGCUCAGCCAAGUGGUCCAGGGUCAAGCACAAUCCAGUCCACAGCCUGGACAUCACCAGGAUUCUAAAGGCACCCUCCUCUUCCUGCUGGAGGAUCUACACCUGGCCGCUUCUGACCCAGACAAUAGCUGUCAGCCGGUAUUGGAAGCUCUGCGCCAGGCCAUGCACGGCACCAUGUAUGUCCAUAGCACCCUGGAGCUGCAGGCGCUGCAGCCUACAGUCAACUUCCUUGCUACUGCCACCGUGCCAGGCUACUGCGAGCGCCCGCUGUGCCCACGCUUCUUUCGACUCUUCACGGUGCUGGCCCUGGGCAGUAUGACCCCGGCGACCCUGCUGAGCAGGCACACCCCUAGCAUCCAGGCCUGGCUUGAACGCUUCCCGGCACUGGAGCAGGAGGGGCUUUUGGCAGAAUUCCUGGUCCAGGCCUCAGUGGCUGCCUGGGAAGCUGUGUGCAGCUGCUUCAUGCCUUCCCCCCUCCACCCUCAUUACCGCUUCUCCCUGCACUCUGUGAGUCACUUACUGAGCAGUCUGCAGGUGCUGCCAAACAGAGUGGGCUCGCGAGGCGGUGUGGACGCUCUCAACCACCAGGAGCACUUGCGCCGGGUGUCAGGCUUACGUGGCACCCGUCUGACCACUAUGAUGGCCACACGCAACAUUGUGCGUCUUUGGUUGCAUGAGGCACAGAGGACCUUUUGUGACCGACUGGACAGUCCUAAAGAGCGUUCCCACUGUGCCGAGCUGCUCUUAGAAGUAGCUCAAAGUGUCUUGUCUUCGAAGUCAGGGCCUCAGGACCUAGGCAAAAGCUGUGAAGAUGAAGAGAAGGAGGAAAAGGUGUCUGAAGUGGAAUCUGAAGGGGAGUUGGCCCAGUGGGAGGACUUAAGCAACAAUGACAGUGAUUCAGAGGAGGAAGGGGAUCCUUAUGCCUCUCAGCUUCCCACAGGCCUAUACACCAGCAAUCCAGGUCUAACAACGUGCACGAGACCAGUAGAUAAGGAGAACAUGGAGGGCACAAGUGGGCUGGCAAGCCAAGAGGAAGAUACAGCAAGUAUCUCAAGUUUCAAGCUCCAAAUAAAUAGAUCUAAGAGUUGGUGGCAGAAGACAGUCCGGACAGAUGUUGUCACUCCCCUGUUGCUCCCAAUGCUGUUACUCCUCCCCCAGGAAAAGCCCUCAGACCUGAUCUUCAGUUGGGAGCUGAUACUGGAGUCCAGUUCGGAGCUCCCUAACAUGUAUGUGGAGCGACAGUGGGAAAGCUUGGAGGAGCAGCUAGUCACCUCUGCUGCUCAGCUGAAGAUGAGGCCCCAGCUUGCUCUCUGCCGCUCCACGACCCAGCAUGUAGCCCGCCUGGUGCGGGUGUUGGCCAGGCCCUGUCAGCAUGGCCUGCUGAUGGCCACAGCUCUGAGUACUGGGCGCCGUACUGCGGUCACUUUGGCAGCUAAUGUUUGCCAGACCCAACUCUUUCACCUGCCCUCUGGAUCAGAGGAAGCUACUCUCCGGUGUCUACAAGAUGUCAGCUGGCAUGCUGGCAUAUUAGGCCAGCAGGUGGCCCUGUUGGUGCCUGAGAAUGUGGGUCUCACUACCUUUCAUCGUCUGCUGGCCCUGGCAACCUCCGGCACUUUCCCUGACCAGUACACAGAGGCAGAUCUAGAAAACCUUGAGAAACAUCUUCCUAAAGAGAACCUCAGUGUCAAAAAGGAAAUAGUGUUUCAAAGGUUCUACCAGCAAGUGUGCAGCCACGUGCACCUGUUCUUCUUGGUGAGACACAACCAGGCCGGUACCCGGCUGCCUUCCAACCUGUUUGCACGCCUCCUCCUACUGACUAUUGCCAGCAUCGAUCACUAUGAACCUUGGGACCAAUCUGACCUGGUCAGUGUGGCCCAACACCACCUGGAGGGGGCUCCGAAUCUACCCAUUGGUGACGGCCCUUUGAAGUGCCCAGAACUCAAGGCCUCCAUUACCAAUGUGUCCAAAGCCAUGGCUCUCAUUCAUCUUUCGGCUGCCAGCUACAUUGAGCACCUGUGCCCUGCACUGCCACUUGUCACACCUAAGACUUUCCUAGACUUCAUGGGCACUUUCCUGCUGCUGCAGCGCCGGAUGGUUCUUCAGACAAGGAACAAAGCCCAGCGGAUCCAGAAUGCCCUGGACAAUCUGAAAAUGCUGACUGACCAGCACAGUGCCUUCGCCGACCAGGUCUUCAGUUUAGAACAGCAGCUGGAAAGCUCCCGCAAGAGCCUCAUUGGACUCCAGCAACAGCUAGGACAAGACAGGGUCCUUUACCAGCAGCAGCUGGCAGAAUGUCAGCAGCAGGAGAAGCUUCUUGAGAAGCUGGUCAAGCAGCGGGAUGCACUGCAGGCUCAGCAUCAGGCUUUCCUGGAGCAGAUGGGCAAGGUGUUUAUGGGACCUCUAAGCCAGCUGCAGGUGGCUGACUUUGAGGAGCUACGGAGCUACCGAGCACCGCCAGAGCCUGUGAUCCGAGUGACCAAUGCACUGUGUGACCUGUUCCACUGUAAACCAGGCUGGGCCAGUGCCAAGCAGCUGUUAUGCACUGAGGAUUUUUAUCAGGAGCUGGUAUUCUUCCCUAAGGAGAAGAUGACAGACUCAGAGCUGACAAAGCUAAGCAUAGCUCUAAAGGGUCCAGGAAUGAGCGAUGCAGCCCUGCGCACAGUCAGUGCACCUGCAGCAAGCCUGGCAGUCUGGCUUUGGGCUGUUCUACACUAUGGGAUGGCACAGCGCCGGGGUCGGCCCACAGCACUGCUGCUCCGGCAGGUGGAGGCCACACUAGUUCGUGAGCAGGCCCGCCUGGGCCGCUACCAAUCCCAGGCUCAUGUGACUCAGCAGCACACUCUAGACCUGACCAAAAAGAUGAAGGAUGCCCAAACUUCCUUCAGAAGUAUGGCGGAGAGCCUCAUUCAGGCACAGGAUGGCAAAUACCACAGGAAGCCCAUAAAGGCUGCACUGCUCACACCCAUGCAUUCCUGGUCUGCAAAGCUCCAGAAGCUAACGGAGCACUGCACGACGGUGUUUGGAGACGCCCUCCUGUGUUCAGCUGCCAUUGUCUACCUGGGUCCCUUCCCAUCACUACGGCGGCAGGAGCUAUUAGACAAGUGGCUAGCCCUGUGCAGGGGCUUUCAGGAGCCCCUGGGCCCAGAUGAUGUAGCACAGGCCCUGAAGGAGAAGCAGAAUUCCAUCCCCACACCAGAGAAUCCCCUGCUCGCCACACGUUCUCCUUUCAGCCUGCUGUGCUUGCUAAGCUCUGACUGUGAACAAUACCAAUGGGACCGAGACACGAAGCCUGAGGCAAAGUCGGCACGGCUGGCUGGGGUGCUUCUACGAAGUCAUCCCCACUACCAUAGUUGCCGUUGGCCUCUGCUGCUUGACCCCAGCAACCAGGCCCUCACUUGGUUGAACCCUUUGCCUCUGGAAUGGGUUUCAGCCUCUUCUGAGAGCAAAGGUAAGUAAAAUGACCUUGCAAUCAAUCAAGACAAAGUGUAUGAAGAAGACAUAGGGGAGGAAGAUGAUGAUAGUGAAGAUAGCCAAGAAACAGAGGACCAGACAAAAGAGCAGGAGGCCCACGAAAAGGAGGAGAAAGAAAGGAAAAGGCAUAAAGAAAAAAGGAAAAAGAAAGAACAAGAACAAAAUAAAGCAGAGACAGAAAAUAAGGAGCAAGAGCCAAUCUCUGAGUCUCAAUCUUCACCUCUCCCCUGCCUUCGCGUGCUUUCAGGGGCGGACCCAGCGCUGGGUCCUCAGCUCCAGGAGGCAGCUGCCAGUGGCUUUCCCCUGCUACUGACCAACAUGGAGCUAGGCCUAGAGUGCCAAGAAUUGCAGUGGCUGCUGCAGCAAAAACAGCUGAGCCCACCUCAGGUGCAGCCCGGCUUCCGUCUCUAUCUGAGCACUACUCUUCCCCUCCGCUCCUUGGAUAAAGUGCUAGGUUAUGACUUGUUGAAAGAGCUGAAUGUGCUGGAUCUGGGCCUGAACACGGACAUACUAGAAGAACAGAUGCUGCAUGAAGUUUUGUGCAUAGAGUGCCCUGAGCUUGAGACUCGCCUGCAGGAACUAAAGAACAGAAGCCUGGAUGUUUGCAUAGCCAUGGAGGCUCUCGAGGAGAAGCUGCUGACAAUGGUGCUGGGCCGGAACGCACAGUGUCAGAAACAGGACAAGUUCCUACGGAAUUUGGUGAGGGCCCAGGCAAAGCUAUGUCAGCUCCGUGCCCAAAGUCAAGAGAUAGAAGAACAGAAGCUGCAGGAGAAAACAUCGUGGGGACCCUAUCAGCAAGUGGUCCAGCAUGGAAUCACCAUGGUACAGGCACUAAGCUCACUACAGAACCUGUUGCCGCUUUUCCACUUGAGCCUAGAGAACUGCUUGGUGACCACCAAGCAGGUUUUAAAGAAGUGCCACGCUCAGCCAGGUGAGGACAUGGCCAGCCAUCUGCUGCAUUUGAGAACACAGCUGACCCGCCAGCUGCUGGACAGCACUGUGGCAGCACUGGGCUUGACCCAAGUGCCCUUGCUGGGUGCCUUGGGUGCCUUGGCUAUGCUACAAGCAGCAGGAAAGGCACCAGAACUGGAGAGGUUGGCACUCUGGCCUGGCCUGGCAGCCUCUCCCAGCAGAGAACACAGCCAGCAUUUUUCAGCAUAUGCCCGCCCAUCAUGGCUAGGGCUGAAAGCCUGGCAUGAAUGUAAGAUGUUAGAGCUGCUGCCCCCAUUUUCUGGCCUGUGUGCAUCCCUUUCAAGCCAGUCUAAAAUUUGGCAGACUUACCUGUCACUAUCAUCUACAGUGCUGGGCCCUGCCCCUGGGCCUGGGCCUCAUCCCCUCAGCCUCCUGCAGAAGCUGAUCCUGUGGCGCGUGCUUCAACCUGAGUGCCUGGCAGGCACAUUGGCAGAUUUCACCACCAGCCUCCUGGGACGGCCCCUGGAUGAAACAUUUGGUGGCCCCAUCAUCCCCUAUGAGCACAGUCAGGCUACUCAACCCAUGUUGAUCUUGUGUCCACUGCCUGGCCACCCCACAGCCACCCUGCAUCCCCUGACUGUCAUCCAGGGACUAGCUGCCAAGAAGGGGCAGAAACAUGUGCAGGUGAUAGCCCUUGGAUGUGAAGCUUGGGACCCAAUUCCAGUUGUGCUCAGCACCUUACACCAAGCUAUGCACAAGGGACACUGGCUGGUGCUGGAUAACUGUCAUCUGAUGUCUCACUGGCCAAAAGAGCUUCUCCAACCCUUGCUGGGCUUGUUUGAUGGAGCUAAGGUGGUCUCUGACUUGGAGCUGGGACCACUUCUAGCUCAACCUGCAAGCAGGAAUGUGACCAUUGUCCAUAGAGAUUUCCGUCUCUGGCUUAUUGUGUCUGCAGAAGCUAUUGAUUCCUUGCCAGCUGUGCUUACUCAGCACUCCAUGGUUGUUUUCUGGAACCAGUCCCUGGAGCUGGACCACGUCUUGAUUGAUAGCAUGGAGCUAGCUCAGCAGGGACUCUGCAUGCCACCCAAAACUCAGGCACUGCCUCUCCUCUUCCUUCAUGGCCUCCUCCUCCACCGUCAGCUCUACGGACAGAGGCUGCAGGCACACAAAGGGUGCUGGAGCCAGGGCACCCUGACCCGGAUCCUUCAGGCCCAGAGCCAGCUGCAGACCAGCCUCAGCAAUCCCAGUACUGCCAUGCAGGAGCUGACCUCUUCGGUUUUUUACGGGGGUCCUGUGAGAGACACUGAGGACAGGGAGACCUUGAUUAGCCUCACUGGAGCCUGCCUGAGCCCUACUAGUGGGAGCUGGACCUAUCCACAAACACCCCAGCAACUGUUGGCCACUCUGAAGCCCAGCCUAGAACUAGAAGAGCCGGACGCUAUGGCAGAGUUCAAGGCCCAGAUACAGCUACUGUCCAAACCACCCGAACCCCGGGUCUGUGGACUAAGUGUGGGCACGCAGGCCUGGCUGCUGCGACGCCAAAGUCGUGUUCUCCUGAGUGCACUACAGAAGAUUUUACCCGCUUGGGUUCCUGGAGUUCAUGCAGGAGCGCAGCACAAGGAACAGAGACUGCGACAACGCUUAGUGCAAGCCACACAGAGACUGGAGUCACUGCAGUCCCUGUUGGCCACAAGCAUUCAGCAGGAAGAGCUGGACGCCCGGGGGGCUGUGCUGGGGCCCCACGCUCGGCGACCUCUGGAGGGCUUCCUGGAGGUAGAGGUGUUGGAGCUGAGCGAGCUGGUGACUUCACUGCAGUGUGACCUCGACUGCCUGUUGCAGCAGCUGAAGGGCGCGCCCCCGUGUGCCUCCCGACGCUGCACCGCAGUGGCCCAAGCUCUCUGGGCUGGCCGCCUACCCCCACCUUGGCGACCCUAUGCUCCCGCCGGGCCUCAACCACCCUGGCACUGGCUACAACAACUGUCGCGCCGUGGGCAGCUGUUAAUGAGCUACCUGGGCGUGGGAACAGGCUCCGAAAUACAGGGGCGCGUCUUCCACCUGUCAGCCUUCUGCCACCCGCGCCGCCUGCUGCUGGCACUGCGAUGGGAAGCUGUCCUGAGCCAGCAUCCGCCCAUCUCGAAUCUCACCGGUAGCCAAGGUGCCGGCUUCCACUUCGGUCACUGGCUGCAUAAAAGUCAGGAGCUGCACAGCCACCCACUGCAUCUCAGGGUGGAGAAUGACCCAAAUCCCAUCAUUCCAGAGAUGGGGCUGCUGCUGAUAGGGCUACAGCUCCUGAAUGCAGAGUGGGACCCCAUAGCUGGGGCUGUGCGGGACAGUGCCUCCAGUCAGCCUAGCCCUCUGCCUCCGGUCAGCGUCAGUACACAAGCCUGGGGCUCCACUGACCGGUCCCCUUCAGGGGGCCUGGCUGUGUACUCUUGCCCUGUGUACUUAGUAGGGCCUGUUGGCAGCACAAGGCUACACAGCAGGAACAUUCUGAUGCACCUGCCCCUGCCCACCAAGCUCAGCCCUGCCAUUUGUGUCCAAAGGAGAGUUCAUGUGUGCAGCCCACCCCUGUCCUGA